UUUUUCCUAACUAUUUUUCUGACACACUAUGUAUAACCGCUGAUAAUCUUACAAAACUUAAGUAUUGUGAAGCAAUAAUUAAAGAAGCUUGUCGUAUGACACCAAUAAUACCAGUAUUAAAAAGAGUUGCAAGUGCAGAAUGCGAAGUUGCUGGAUUUUAUUUAAAAAACGAUAUUGAUGAAUUUAAUGAUGAUUUAAACAAUUUUGAUUUUGAUAAAAGGUCUAUUAAUGACAAAGAUAAAUAUUCGCUAAUUAUUUUUGGUGGUGGCAUAAGAAUUUGUCCUGGAAGAAAGUUAGCAAUGCUUAAUAUGUUAACUUUUAUG